AUGACAGAAAAGAUCAAAGGAAAAUGUCGCUCAGGUAUAUAUAUAUUUACUAAUUUUCAUCUAUAUAUAUUUUCGGCUUUUCAAUGGAUGGUUCCAGUUAUCGACUAAUUUUGUAUCUAGACCAGAAUCUUUCAUCUUUCAUUAUAUAGCUCAAAAGAGCAUCCUAAAAUUAAUAAAAUUGCAAAGUUUCGUUGCGAAAUGUUGUAAAAUACAAAAAAUAUAGCCCCGUGAAUUGGAAAAUUAGCAAAUUUUGAGUAUUUUAGUAGUACGCAAGGAAAAUGCAUGUACCACUUUCGCCUGAAAGACAGAAGUGGUCAAAAUUUGCUAAUUUCUCAGGGCCAUAUUUUGCAACAUAUUGCAACCCAAUUCGGCAAUUUGACUAAUUUAAGGAUGUUCUUUUAAGAUAUAAUGAUGGAUUUCAUCCUUCUUGUCUGGAUCAAAAUUUAGUCUAUAUAGCUAGAAUCAUCCAGUUCGUCGGAAUGAUUGUUAAAUAAUUGACUAAAAUAUUCAAUUUUUUAAUUAAAACUACGCUGCUAAGGACGUAUUUUAUAAAUAUAAUAAAUGUCUAUAGAUAACAACGCAAUUCUGCAGUUCUGUUUGUUGCGAGGGGGACAUUCCUCACUGCAUGAUAAUGAGUAAAGAAAAUCAAAACAAGGCAAGAAAAUCAGUCAAAACAUAUAUCGCUAUAAAUUCCUACCUGAGGACCAAGUGUUGCAUUUUUCACAACCAUUAUGUACAUCGCUGUAUACCUUAAAAAUAAGAACUUUUAGUAUUUUAUGCACAAAUGAACAUAACAAAUCCUACAUGGUGAUUGGUCAAAUUUGACGUAUUAAUCUGUUAUAUUCACCUAUACAUGAGGUGAAUAUAACAAAACCGAAAUUUUUAAAAUGGCCGCUAGCCGUUUUGUUGAAGUUGGUGAUAAAGAAAUAAGCGAAAUUAAAAUGAAUUCAGACCAGAAAAACACAGAAAAACUUGUACAAAAAUACUAAAACAAUUAUUCACCUCAGGCUCGGUGAUUAUCGGGGAAUAUUCACCUCGACUUCGUCUCGGCAAAUAUUCCCCGAUAAUCACCUCGCCCUCGGCGAAUAAUUGUUAAAUAUAAUUAUAUAGAUUCAAGUUAUAAUAAAUCAUAACUUGAAUCUGACUAUGAUAGGCCUAGGUGUAAAUUCUUUGAGGUUUGCAUGGCGAUAAAACAUAUAAUACUUUUUGUUUGUGGAAACACCAUGUAAAUUUAUUAUAACAGUAAUAAAUUUAUUACUACAGUAAUACAGUAAUAAAUUUAUUACUACAGUAAUAAAUUUAUGUGGUGUUAGGUGUUGCUACAUUUACGUGGUGUUAGGUGUUGCUACGUUAUAUGAUAGGUGUUGCUACAUUUUUACAAUUUUUUUCCAAAAAGUUCCUGACACAAAAGAAAUAUGAUACAUUGUAUGCCUGGAACUCGCUACAAAAAAGUGUUUCAUACGACAAGUGCACCAUUUCCAAUUCAUUGAUCGUCAUGUUUUGACAAAAAAUUGAAAGAAUGUAGUAAACUAUCAUAGAUCCAAGUUUUAUUAUUUUAGCGUCAAGGCCUGUUUUCACUUGCAAUUUUUGCUGCGAUUUUUUUUUGUUUUGAUGGAUGUGUGGGAACAUAUACAUGCAUCAGGAUAAAUAAAUUGCACUAGAAACGCCUUUGCCAUUUAGAAAUAAAUGCAACUCAUUAUUAUCCACUGAGUGACGUCGCCCAUUGCAGGCAACCAGAACGGUAGAAUUGCAUUGUUACUGAAAUUAUCUAGACGUACAUUCAUUUUUAUAUUUUUGCCAUAUUUAAUAAUGGCAGGCACGGUUUUGCUAAAAAUUGAAUAUUUUGUCAAAUACUUAACGUCCCUUACUUGCAUAAUUAAAGAAUUAUAGUUUUUAAUUAGCCGGCAAUAGUUUUGGCCUGUGUUCCACUCAAAUUUGCCAAUGACCAAUGGAGAAAGCAUCAAAACCUAGGUUGCUGUACGAAUUUGUAUAUUUCACUCACGAUUAGAAUAUGAAGAUUUUUUCUAAAAUCAAUAAUCUGGGUUUUUUAGUAGGGUGUUAGUAAUGUUGGGGGCCAUGUCUGUAUCUCUACCUCCUCCGAUAUUCCACCCAUAUAUAUAUUAAAACGGUUUGAUAUUGCUUAAGAUUUUCCUAAAAUUUUCAUCGUUUAUUUUCCCAAAGGAUGUAAUAUCGAGGAAACUGGAUGCGCCAUUCAAGGACAGAGAACAAAGGGACAAGCAUACCAUAGAGCGAUAUGUGACGACCCGUGCCCAACAGAAACUGUGACGAUGCCAAGAUACAGAGGUACGGUUUGUCGAUGUUAUUUAUGUUAAGGCGUAAAAAAAUACCUGUGGUUCCGGUUUCAUAUCGUGAAAAAAUUAGGGUCGGUAGGUCGGAAAUAAUUUUUUUUUAAAUAUUUUUUUCAUGGUUUUGGCGGUUUUUUGCUGGGCGAUUUGCAGUAGAGUCCCGACAUCAAUAUUAACUAGAGAUGCGUAUUUCCUAUGGACGAAUUUAGGCAAUUUGGUUCAAUAAUUAGUGUGACAACAGACGCCAUUUUGGCACGCUGUACGAGCAGUCCGCAACCACCUGGAGAAAAUAGGGUCGCACGGUCAUAAUAGGGUCGGCAGAAAAAAAUAGGGUCGGUCGGGAACCGGAACCACAGGUUUUUUUUUACGCCUUAUUCACAAUCGAUCAGUUGCAAUAAAAUUGCAGCUUUUAAUUGCAAAUAUAUUUUAACUAAAUUCUACUCAUUUGUAAUUAAAAUUAAAUUCAUCAUUUAUCUUUCUUAUGCAAGUUGUUUUUUAACGUGAAUUAAUCACUUUUUCCUCCUUAUUUUAUGAUGGUUUACGUGACAUUCAGUGCGCUUGUUACCCACUGGAUGGAGUUGUUGUGAUGUCCCAUGA